AUGAAUUAAUUGGUACCAAUUGAUUCAACCUUGUAAGCCAAUUUAGAACGUCUUAGUUAUUUGAUGGCCUAAAAGAAAGAGAAGAAACCUGACUUUAGAGAUCAAUUUCAAACUCAUUCAAACACUAAGAAAAUAUUCGUUAAUUUGAGAGCAUUUGUCAAGUAACCCUAACCUCCUUCUCCUCCAUCUUAGAACCAGAAAAAAGAAUAAAAAAUUCCUUCAUAAACAAUUACUACAUAAACUUAGACUCCAAAAACCCCCACUUAUAGAUAAUAAUUCAUAAGGCCAUAGUCAUUAGCCUAACUAGAACCAUGUAUUAGAAGGCAAGAAAUAUCUACAAGUAAUAUUAUGAGUGAAAGGACUAAUACUAAAGCAUGUUAUAAGAAUUGGGUGGGUUUGUCAGUAAUAGAAAGAAAUGAUUUAUUUCUAAAGAAAAAGCAAUAAAAAUUAAAGAAAAUGAGAGAGGAUAAAGAUGAAUAGGAACUAAGUAAAUGUACCUUUUCUCCUCAUUUUUAUAAUCAAAUUCAUAUUGAAAGACCAUCUUCAUGUUUUUAAAAUAAAUCUUAUUAGGAUAUUCACAAAUUACGUAAGAAUCAAAAUGAAAAAUUAUAUUGAUC